GGACAGCGCCCCAACUCCCGGCCAGAUCCGCUCGGGCCUCAGCUGGGAGCCUUCCCUCGGCUGCUCUGGAGGAGGACAGAUUCCGUGAGCUGGGCCCAAGGACUCCCCGGUCACCCCGACACACCAUCCAACAUCUACGAAGGAGGGCUGGGGGCCCAGCAGCAGCAGUGUCCCAGUGCCCAGGGAAGCAAGCCCAAGAACUUCCGGCUGCGCCACCUCCGGGGCCUGGCACUCUACCUACCAGGCCACAUGCAGCCUGCUGGCCAGUGUGAGAGUCACUGGCUGGGCCGGCUCAUGGCUGGGGGCUGCCUCCCAUGGCCUGAGGGCAUGGCCUGGCCCCUGGACCUGCCACAGGGGACUCUGAACCCAGGUAGCAGCCACCGUUCAGCCCUUCUGGAAGCUCAACUGCCCAGGGACAGCCUGGGAAAUACAGGAUCCAGUUCCAGCAUGGAUCCAGCCAAGGGUGCCCCCUCCCAGCCUGGUACCCAUGAAGGCUUGGGGUUCCGCCCCAAGAGAUCCUGGGAGGCCUCAGAGGAGCCCACCUGUCCACUGUGCAAGAGAAUCUGCUCUGGGGCUCUGGAGAGGCCGUAGGGAUCCGAGUGCGGUUUUCACAGCUCAGGACAGGAGGGGAAAGAUGGCCCAGGAAGAGGCGGAGGAGGCAGGUCCAGAGAGGAAGGGCUCAGCCCCACCACUAGCCCCCCCAGAUGGAGACACCUGCAGAUGCCCAGCACCAGAGCCUGGGCCAACCUUGGGAAAACUCGAGGGGAGGAAGAAGAGGUCCUGAGGGAGGGACAGAAAAAAAUAGAAGCCUGGGCAUGCCCUUGCAGCCUGCUCCAACUCAAGGAAACCACUUGUACCUGGGACGCCGGGCUGAGUGGAGAGAGAGGCUCCCAAAGAGACUGGGGAGCCUGCUGGUCUAAUCUCAAUAAAAGCCAAGCCCACAUGCACCUUUGUCCCUCCGUCUGUCAUCAGGCCAGUUCUGUUAGAGAAACAGCCCCUUGGCACUGAGAGCAAGUUUCCAUGUCCUGGCCCUGUUGCUAUUUGGGACCAGAUCAUUCUUUGUGGUGGGGGCCAUCAGGUGUGUUGUAGGAUGUUGAGCAGUGUCAGCAGUCUCUACCCAGAUUCAGCUAGCUCCCUCCUCCAAACUGUGACAACCAAAAGUGUCUCCAGAUAGUGUCCAAUAUCCCCUGGGGGUAGAAUCACUCCUGGUCUAUGUCACUAGGCCUCAGCCCUGUGGGGAGAGGAUGGGAAGACCAAGGUUGGCCUCAGUGACCCUCACUGUCUGGCUGACUUCCAGUCCUGGCAGCCUGGGUUGGAAGCCCCUUUGGGGGACUCCUGCCAUACCCACGUGAUAGUGUCUAUGAUUCUGGAGACCAGGAGAGCUGGGUUCCUUCCAGACUGCCCCCAGGGUUCAGAUCUGAGGAUGCCCAGUCUGUGGUGGCCUCCACUGGGCCACAUCCCGGUGGUCUGACUCUGUGUAUCACUUCCUGUCUUGACUUGGGACUGGCUCUGGGUCUUGCUUUACCACAAUAGAUGUGGUAGAAGUAACUUGGCAUCACUCUGGCAUGAAGGAAGCCUGGUGGCUUCUAGUGUGUGUGUGUGGUGGUGGUGGGGGGUCAGUAUCCACAUAAAGAGCCCCCACAUGGUGGGAAACCAACCCACACCAGGGAGGCCACCACUGCCCUCUGAACCACCUUGGGAGUGCAUCCUUCAGCCUGUUAAGCCACCCUUGCUGAAGCAUGGAGGGCAGACAAACCACAGCCUACUCUCUCCCUCAAGGAAGGACAUCUGCUGCAGCUGAGUUGAUCUCUAAACGGUUCUUCCCUAAACCUCCCAAAGCUUUUCUGAAAAGCACUCCAAAGAGGCUGACAAGUGGAAAGCCAUGGCCAUGGCAUGCUGGGACAGGGAACUGAUGUGAAGGAGCACCCAGAGCCUCAAACAAGCAGACAUUUGUGGAAAUGCACACUGACAACCUGGGGCAUCCUCACCCCAUUCCCUGAAUGGCCAGUGGGUUUGGAACUGGGCCACCAGGAGCCAGUCUCAGCCUUUGGGAGCCUAUCCUUGAAGCCUGAUGGGUUGGAAGGGCAGUUACCUUUAGGACCACGGUCACCAGAACCCCUGCCCCUACCCACCCUUGCAAGUUAAUACUAGGCCACAUGACUAACCAAGGGCCCCAAGGAGUCACCCCUUAAUCCUGAAGCUGACCCAUUAAACAAGGUGUAUCUGCCUCAAUUAGCAAGGGUGUAACUCACAGCAUUAGGAUGCUGCUAGGACUCAGAGACCAGGCCAGUUCACUGACCUUGAAACAUACAAUGCCUCCAGCCUCCAUACAACCCCAUGGGCUGGCUCCCUGACACCCACCUCUACAGGUGCCUCAGGACCUGUCCUGGGGAGGGCUGUCUGGGUGAUGCGCCGUCAAGGGAACAGUACACACACAGGUUUUGGAGGGGCCGUUCAAGAACUGCGUGGCUCCUGGGUAACUGCCGACCCCUGAACCAGUUUUCAUCUGUCUAAAGGGGCGACUAGCAUGGCUCCAUGGCCAGGGUGGCCAGAAACUCCAAGGAGAGAUUGCUGGGAGCACAUGAUCCCAGACUUGGCCAACCUCAGGCUCCCAAGAUGAGGUGCCCUGGACCAAAGGUCCCAGUCCCCCCGGCUCCUGUGGCAAGGUGCACUGGCCCAGGGUUCCUACCUGACCACUG